UUGCUGUCACUUUGGCAUACGUUCAGAGAGGACAAUGUCCAACGUGCCAGUGGCUGUGGUGACCGGGUCCAACAAAGGGAUCGGAUUCGCAAUUGUGCGGGCUCUAUGCAAGCAGUUCCAGGGGGAUGUGUACCUGACAGCCCGAGACCCUGGCCGUGGCCAGGAAGCAGUGGCAAAGCUCCAGGAGGAAGGUCUACAUGCACUCUUCCAUCAGCUGGAUAUCGAUGAUCUGCAGAGCAUCAGAGCUCUCCGUGACUUCCUGAAGGAGAAAUAUGGAGGGCUGGAUGUGCUGGUUAACAAUGCAGGGAUUGCUUUCAAAGUUCAUGACACGACUCCAUUUGCAGUCCAAGCGGAGGUUACACUGAAGACAAACUUUUUUGGAACCAGGAAUGUUUGCACAGAAUUGUUGCCGCUUGUGAAGCCUUAUGGCAGGGUGGUGAAUGUCUCUAGCAUGGUAAGUAGCUCAGCGCUGGGAGGCUGCAGCCGAGAACUACAGCAAAAGUUUCGCAGCGACACCAUCACUGAGGAUGAGUUAGUGGAACUCAUGACCAAAUUUGUGGAAGAUACCAAGAAAAGUGUGCAUGAGAAAGAGGGUUGGCCAAAUACUGCCUAUGGGGUAUCCAAAAUUGGUGUCACAGUCUUGUCCAGGAUUCAAGCCCGGAUGUUAAAUGAGAAGAGAAAAGGUGACCAUAUCCUUCUCAAUGCCUGCUGUCCUGGAUGGGUGAGAACAGACAUGGCAGGUCCUAAAGCCACUAAAUCGCCAGAUGAAGGGGCUGAGACCCCAGUUUACUUGGCCCUUUUGCCUUCUGAUGCUGAUGGUCCUCAUGGCCAGUUUCUUAGUAACAAAACUGUUCGAACCUGGUGAGCUUGUGUAGGCAGACCCAUGUUUGUGGCAAUGUGACUGUGGAUGUGCCUGUGCCCUGGUAGGGCAUUUACCCAGAGCAGUCUCAUCCUGUCCACAGCAGCAGGGUCCUUUAUUGUUACAGUGAGGGUUACAGUUCUGGUACUCCUCCGGGAUUAAGUCUGCCCUAGGGUACUUCCCAACGGUCUCCAUUAGCCUGCUCACAUCAUUGACUGCGUGGCCCAAAAUCUGAUUUGUGGGUGUUUCAGCCCAGAUGAUACAGGGUAAUUUGGUGUUGCCCUAACACAGAGGUGCCUGACCUUGUUUACCUGAAUUUUUUUUUAAUUAAAUCAUUGCCAGCCCUUCUCCCAGUCUCCCGAGACAGAUCUCUGUUGUGGCAUUGGGAUGAGGAAGCAGAUGCCUUACUCUCAGCUCAAUAGAUGUUUCUAGGGACCAUAGUUGCCUCUUGAGGUUGUGCUGGGUUUCUUAAAGGGGGAGGGGGUUGUUCUGAGAUCUACAGUCUGACCAGUUUGGGGGGAGGCUAAUAAGACCAGAACAGAAUCACUGCUGUGUAGAGAUUUAUUACUAUCAGAACAAAAUGGAAUUAGGUGAAAAUAAAAAUAGCAGUGAUGUACCACUAAUAAGACUUUAUUAAUAUAUAUAUGUCAAUAAAUGAAUAGUUACUGAUUUGUAUUCUUCCAACUGGCUUAUUCUGAUACUAGAGAUUUAUAAUGUUUGAAAAUACACUUCCAUUUUCUGCAGCUAAGUUUGAAGCUGGAAUGUGUGAUGUUUGGACUAUAUAAAGAGGAAAAUAAAGUACAGAACUGAUACAGCAAACUAUUCUUCAGGACUGCCAGUUCAUUUGUUGCACAGCCAGAAGUUUCUGUAUUAAAAAACUGGAUUAAGUGCUCUCCAUGUACUAGAGAAAACGAACUGUAAAUGUUACAAUACUGUUUCAGGGUAGGACUGAAAUACAUAAUUAACGUGGUAACCAAAACAAGUUGUGUAAGCAAAGUCACGAGUAGAAGCAGUGACAUGGAGAGCACCCAAUUUAUUUUCUCACUUUAAAUGUUGGUUGUUGCAUUUCAAAUGCUUCGUCUUGAAAGGUUGCCACGGCACUUCCAGCUGUAGAGGUGGAGCCGUGUGGCAGCAGAGGCAGCCUGGGGGUUGGCAAAUGCCUCUGCGGAGUGAUACAGCUGGCUCUCCUGGGGCAGACAAUCGCCUAUAAACCUGUCACUGGUAAUGACAAAUCGGCAACGGACAAGUUAAUUCUUAAUCGGGAGUCAACAAGACAAUGCCAAAGUGGCUUAGCUAACAGGGUUUAGUGUUGGUUUCCCCUGGUACAGUUUGUGUUCAGGAAAGCCUUGGACCAGAAGACGCUGGACAUAAAUAAUAUGUGUGGGUUUGGUAAUCGCUUAUCAGCACAGCACAAAGGUGCGAUUAUUAGUUGGUCUUUUAAGGAUACAGUAGCUAUUGUUUUUAUAAAGGUGGAAGAAUUGCCAAAUGAGUCAUGCCCCAGAGCUCACUGAAGAGCAGGAUGAGCGCUGUCCAAAAGUUCUCAUGUUAAUCUAUUCUGAAUUAAGAAAAAAAAUCUGAGGCCUUCAGUUUAAGGGCAGCAGAUCAGUUACAAAAUCCCUGUAUAAAGUUUUUAAUGUUUUUUACAUACUAUUGCCAGACUGCCUAUGGUAUGAUAGCUCCAAAAGCCACCUGGGUUCAUGCAGUAACUUGACUAUCGUUCUGAUGUACAACAGAAAGAAUCAUAGAAUCAUUUAGGUUCGAAAAGACCUUUAAGAUCAUCAAGGCCAACCGUUGAAGAGAACCAGGGUUUGUGAGUGCUCCUCUAGUUGUGUUAUGAUACCUUGGCAAAAUAGAACAUGGCUGUUCUCAUUUAGUAAUAAUUUGUGCACAACUUUUAAGAGCUGUAAUCCAACAGGGCAGAAUCAUACCUAGUUCUUCAUACUUGAAAUGCUGCUUGAGUCUUUCAAGUUUCAAAAGUUGCGUGCCCUUCCCGUUGCUGUGUACAAACUUUCCAAACAAACCUUGACCCAGCUUUCAUGUGGUUUGUGCAAAGCCCAGGCUGAAGAGUCCUAGGUCCGUUGACCAUAGCUGGAUAGUAUCCAUUGUUAAGUACAAAUUGGUUCCUAAGUAUCUCCUAUGCUCUAUAAAGCUCCUUCUUAACUCUAACUCGGGAUCCAGGGUUUGGUUUUGGUUUUUUUUACGUUCAAGCCAAACAAAUUAUAAGUUUGAAAGUUCGUUACAAAAGAUGUAUUUCAAAUACUUGUAUUAAGCCCUUCCGUGGUGCUUGUUCUUUGUUAAGCCUGCUUACCCUGUUUCAGGGUAAGGAAGCAAAGUGGAAGAUGAUGGCUAAGUAGUCAUCUUCAGAAAUGUCAUUCCUCAUGGUGAAAUUAAUUAUAAAACAGACAGUUCCUUAUGGUAUGAACAGAAACAAGAACAAAGGACAGAUCUUUUCACAGCCUCUGCAGCUGUGGUGUGGUACUGAAGGAAGGAAAAGCAUCUGCAUGGAUACAAGCUCAAGCUAUAGGAGGUGCAAACGAGGCAGAAAAUACCCAUAGAAUCAUAGAAUAGAA